AUCAUGUGUGUGCACGUGGAAGCUUAAUAUAUCGUCAAUACGGUAUUAUUGCUAGGAUGUGUACGUUCGGGAUUGUGUAUAUAUUAAGGAUUCUAGACCCAGUUUAGAAUGGGCACAAAGGUAUACGCGUUUACCUAUGCGGGUAAACCGCUGUUUACUAAUUGUCCCGAUGGAGAUCAAUCGCUAUCCUUUUACGGAGUCUUGUGUGCCGUUGUAUCCAAGGUGUCUACUUUAUUAUCUGAGUACACAGAGAAGGAUGAGUUGAGAUAUAUUCAAGCGGGAGACCAGUGUUUUGUGUAUAUUGAGCGUGGUCCAUUAUGUUACUUUGGGAUAUCAUCUCCAGGGUCAUCUCCAUUAGCUGUGUAUAAGAUUCUAUCUAAUCUCCAUUUGCAGGUUUUAUCUAUUUUGACUUGCGGUGUUGAGAAGAUUUUGUUAAAGCGGCCAUCCUAUGACGUUCAAAACUUAUUGGGUGGUACUCAGUCGAUUUUACACAAUUUGGUGUCCAAUUUGGAUGGCAUUUUGGGAUUGUUUGACACUUGUUGUUACGAGGCUUUACCUUUACCUCCUACAACUCGAAGUACUUUAAGGUCUUUUUUUACAGAGUUUAAUACGUCGAACAUUCUUUGUUCCUUUAUGGUUGUUAGUAACCGUGUUGCUGUGUUAACAAUGUCGAAGAACGUCGUUUUCACUCCUUCAGACAUUGCGAUUGUGGUAAACAUGGUUAGCACAUCUCAUUCUCUGCGUCAACAAGAGAGUUGGACUCCUUUAUGUCUUCCUGACUUCAAUGAUCAGGCGUUUACUUAUGCUUAUGUAAAUUACAUUGAUUCUGAUAUUGGCAUCGUUUGCAUUUCUGGAAGUGGUGAUCAAGAUCAUUUUUAUAAAACAUCAAGUCAAUUUGGUGUUUUAACGAAGAGAAUGCUGGAUUCUGGUUUUCUGAAUGUUUUACGUACAUCUCUAAAUGCCACACCUUUGGAGUUUCCUUGUGCUGAGGUGAAGGGUUGUGACAUUUUACAUGUGCUUUAUCACUCUAAGAAGAUUGGCCAAUACUUUUCAUCAGGAUUUCAUGCUUCAUCUUGUGGUAUUAAUUUCGAGUCUAUCAUAGCAUCAUACAAAUCAUUAUCGGAGUUUCUUUUUAGUGGUGAAGGCAAUUUUAUCGCCAGUGGUCGUUUUGAGUGUUUCAAUGUUUACGUUGAGCACAAUUCCGACUACAGUUUAUACAUAUCUACUGAGCCUUGGACCACGAUAACAUCGGAGUUGGUAUCUGGUGUGACGUCUUAUGUCAAUAAGCAGUUUAACUUUUUAUUCAUCACACGCGUACCUCCUGUAGCGUCACGUUAACU